ACUGAUUCCAGAUGCAACAAACACGGUUUGCUUUUGAUCUAAAUCAAGUAUACACAAGCUCAAGCGAUAGCAUUAGGAAGUUGUAUUAAAAACUACAAAUCCUAGACUGCGUUUCACAGCCCCGGUGGAGUUAGGUCUGGGUGAUGUAGUUGAUGUGAGCAGUGUGCGCUGCGCAGGGCUUUGUGUUCAACUACAGUCCCCACACGUCACUGAUCCGCGGAUAUCUCACCGCUGCUGUUUCUCUCCGCAGUCUAGCGCUCUCUCAUUUUUAGCGGAUUGGCAAAACAGGGUAGGAUCACUAGGAGGAAUACAAAAACAUAAGCAAAAAUGGCAGAGCUUGGAGCGGGGAGCCUGCUAACAGGAGAUCCUGCUUUUAAUUAUCAAGAGCAUGAGCUAAACGAGCGCUUGAAGCGGCUGUACCCGGCCGUGAAUGAGGAAGAGACCCCCUUACCCCGAUCUUGGAGCCCCAAGGAUAAGUACAGCUACAUCGGGCUCUCACAGAAUAAUCUGCGGGUGCAUUACAAAGGCCACGGAAAAAACCACAAAGAUGCAGCAUCUGUACGGGCCACCCAUCCUAUCCCUGCCGCUUGUGGUAUCUACUACUUUGAGGUGAAGAUCGUAAGCAAAGGAAGGGAUGGGUACAUGGGUAUUGGACUGUCUGCCCAGGGGGUCAACAUGAACAGGCUUCCUGGUUGGGACAAGCACUCCUAUGGUUACCAUGGUGACGAUGGACACUCCUUUUGCUCUUCAGGGACUGGCCAACCGUAUGGCCCAACCUUCACAACGGGCGACGUCAUUGGCUGCUGCGUGAACCUCAUCAAUAACACAUGCUUUUACACCAAGAAUGGGCACAGUUUAGGUGUGGCUUUCACAGAUCUGCCACCUAACCUGUACCCCACAGUAGGGCUACAGACUCCAGGGGAGAUAGUAGAUGCUAAUUUUGGCCAGCAGCCUUUUGUGUUUGACAUUGAGGACUACAUGAGCGAAUGGAGGGCCAAGAUCCACAGCAUGAUUGCCCGCUUCCCCAUCGGAGAAAGACUGGGAGACUGGCAGUCUGUUCUGCAGAAUAUGGUGUCCAGCUACCUAGUGCAUCAUGGGUAUUGUGCCACAGCAAUGGCCUUUUCCAGAGCCACAGAGACCAUGAUCCAAGAGGACCAAACCUCCAUAAAAAACAGACAGAGAAUACAGAAGCUGGUAUUGGCAGGACGUGUUGGAGAAGCCAUUGACGCAACACAGCUGUUGUACCCCGGACUCCUAGAACACAACCCCAAUUUACUCUUCAUGUUGAAGUGUCGGCAAUUUGUGGAGAUGGUGAAUGGUACAGAUAGUGAGGUACGGUGCUUUAGUGUCCACUCUCCUAAAUCACAGGACAGCUAUUCUGGCUCCCCCAACCUGAGCCCGCGGCACGGAGCCACCAAUGCUCACGUGCACAACACAGGUGCAGACAGUCCCACAUGCAGUAACGGGGUCAACCCUACUAACAAAAAUAAGAGCCACAACAAAUACACAGGCGUAAGCUCCACCUCCUCCUCUCCAUCCUCCUCUCCUUCCUCCGUCAAUUACUCCGAGUCCAACUCUACCGACUCCACCAAGUCACAGCCCCACAGUGCCACCAGCAACCAGGAGACUAGUGAUAGUGAGAUGGAAAUAGAGGCAGAACAUUACAGCAACGGCGUGACAGAAAGCUCAACUCGCAUUAUGAAUGGCACAUACAAACACCAGGAAAUCCUGCAGGCGGAUGACAACGGUGUUGGCAAUGGAGUUGCAGAUGAUAGCUGCAGCUCAAGACAGCUGUGUGGAGGAAACCAGGCGGCCACCGAGAGAAUGAUCCAGUUCGGCAGAGAGCUUCAGGCCCUCAGCGAGCAGCUCUGCCGCCAAUAUGGCAAGAACACCACUCACAAGAAGAUGCUGCAGGAUGCAUUCAGUCUGCUGGCGUACUCAGACCCCUGGAACUGCCCCGUGGGCCAGCAGUUGGACCCCAUGCAAAGAGAGGCGAUCUGCUCCGCUCUCAACAGCGCUAUUCUGGAGUCUCAGAAUUUGCCCAAACAGCCUCCACUCAUGCUGGCUCUGGGUCAGGCCACCGAGUGUGUGCAGCUGAUGGCCAGGGUUCGCUCUGGUUCCUGCUCCUUCGCCAGAGUCGACAACUUUUUGCACUAGCACCAGUCCAGGAGGGAGCACCAAGGCAGUGUUCAGGACGGCUAAGAGGAGGACUUUCUGGUUGGCUGCCAUGACGAGAACAAGCGUUUGAAUUGGUGUGUCACUUGCCGUUUGCCAGAAGCAGCCGAGCAGAUCGAAUAGAAACGAGAAGAGAGGCUUCUUUUUAAUUUAGUAUUAUCAAAUACAAAUUGUGUGACACUAUUUAAAGAUUAAUUAAUUAUUCUGUUUAUCUAGUCAUUUUUAUUUUAGUUUAUAUUUUGUCUGUUUGUUGUGCUCAUCUUGAAACAAAUCAACUUCCCAAACAAUUAUGUUUUUUUCAUGGGUGAAUUCAGUGCAUAUCAAAAACAGACGUAAUGGUAAGUUCCUACUGAAAAUUUGAGCUACUCACUCUGGUUUUCUCAGUCAGAGCUCAGGUAUUUAGACAGAUGUUCGGGAUAUUUGCGGACACAGGUGUCUCUUCACCAGAUCAUACUGUGAGUGUCUAAGCAAGUCCUUUUCUAUGUACAAGCAAAUUCUACAGUUUUUUUUGUUUUUAUUUGGUCAACCUCAACAGCCCCUUUUGGAAUUAAAUGGACGCUGGUGUUGCGCAUACAUGAAUUAAGUGUGAGCUUACAAUGUUUCAUUGCCGUAAGUGUGUGAGAGAGGGUGAGAUAAUGCAUGGCUCCUAGUGUCUUUUAAGCUACUUCAGUAUCUCAGGCACCAGCACGAGUUUGAUUCGACACAAUCACGCAGCGACGACGCACACUUACCCUUGUGUCCAAUGUAGAUGAAUUAUAUUUUCAAACAUAGACCUUUGCCCAAAAAUACAUCUAUUUUACUGAUAUUUUAACAUCUUUAUAGCAGUGGGUACCAUAAAAUGUCAACUUACACUCAAGUUUUAAGUUUUAAUUUAGGUAUAUUGAAGUAAACAAGUGGUUUUCUGAUAUUUGUGGCUGUACCAAAUAAAAACGCAACAUUUUUGACAAAAGAACAUUAA